GAGCAUUAGACACCGGAGGGGGCACCUGGGACCAACUUUGCCAAGCAGGGAGCCCGGUGGGGGGGUGGGGGGAGCAAAAGACCUGCAGCCUCAGCCCCUCCAAAGAACCGGGAGAUGACGGGGAAAACGGGGGAAGCGCUGAGCAAGCCCAAAUCUGAGACAGUAGCCAAGAGUACCUCGGGGGGCGCCCCGGCCAGGUGCACAGGGUUCGGCAUCCAGGAGAUCCUGGGCUUGAACAAGGAGCCCCCGAGCUCCCACCCGCGAGCUGCCCUCGACGGCCUGGCCCCUGGGCACUUGCUGGCUGCACGCUCCGUGCUCAGCCCUGCAGGAGUGGGCAGCAUGGGGCUGCUGGGGCCCGGAGGGCUUCCCGGCUUCUACGCGCAGCCCACCUUCCUGGAAGUGCUGUCCGACCCUCAGAGCGUCCACUUACAGCCACUGGGCAGAGCGUCGGGGCCGCUGGACAACAGCCAGACGGCCAGCUCGGAUUCUGAAGAUGUUUCCUCCAGUGACCGAAAAAUGUCCAAAUCGGCUCUAAACCAAACUAAGAAACGGAAGAAGCGGCGACACAGGACAAUCUUUACUUCCUACCAGCUAGAGGAGCUGGAGAAGGCAUUCAAUGAGGCCCACUACCCAGAUGUCUAUGCCCGGGAGAUGCUGGCCAUGAAAACGGAGCUGCCUGAAGACAGGAUACAGGUCUGGUUCCAGAACCGCAGAGCCAAGUGGAGGAAGCGAGAGAAGUGCUGGGGACGGAGCAGUGUUAUGGCAGAGUAUGGGCUCUACGGGGCCAUGGUGCGACACUCCAUCCCCCUGCCCGAGUCCAUCCUCAAGUCUGCCAAGGAUGGCAUCAUGGACUCCUGUGCCCCGUGGCUACUGGGGAUGCACAAAAAGUCACUGGAGGCAGCCGCCGAGUCGGGGAGGAAGCCAGAGGUGGAACGCCAGGCCCUGCCCAAGCUUGACAAGAUGGAGCAGGAAGAGCGGGGCCCCGACGCCCAGGCAGCCAUCUCCCAGGAGGAACUGAGGGAGAACAGCAUCGCAGCGCUCCGAGCCAAAGCUCAGGAGCACAGCACCAAAGUGCUGGGGACUGUGACUGGGCCAGACAGCCUGGCCCGGAAUGCAGAGAAGGCAGAGGAGGAAGAGGCCGUGGAAGAAGACAGGCCAGCCGAGAAGCUGAGUCCAUCACAACUUGAGGACAUGGCUUAGGUCAAGGGGCGCUCAGGCACCCAAGACUGUGUUCCUCUUGGCCCCUGUGGUGCGGGGAGGUUCUCU